UAUAGCGUAUCAUUUUAACGUAGCACCAAGGGUCCAUCUUUCCACUACCGUUUGGCGACGCUUAAACGCUCCACGUUCUUAGAGACGUUAAUACCUUAUUACAUACUUUUCUAGAAUUACAUACUUUCUAGCAUCUAGCAGUCUACAAGUCUAGAACAGGGCCUAAAUUCGCCCUUGAUUAAUAUUAUUAUUAUUUACCUACCUACCUUCGAAAGAUCUAGCUUGGAAAUUCAUACGGAAUACGGAUUAUUAAAAGAGCUAACAAGCUGUGAUCCCCACGGACCAGUAUACAGCUUACGUACCCGCCUAUGGCUACCAAUGUCGAUCGCAAUGGCGCCGCCUUAUAGCAACGGCUACGGCUACGGCUACCCGUCGUCUUCCCUGCCUACAUCUUCCUCCUAUGAUUACGACUACAGGAAUAAUAACGAGCCCCAAUCCAUCUGCGACGAGAUACUCGCUUGUUUCGGAGUUAUGCUGGGCCAACUCUGGGGAUACAUAAACGGACGGGGUCGACAAGUAGCUUGGAGCUGGGCUAUGAAGGCAGCGCAUCAAAUCAGGAAGAAUAUGACGAGGCAACGACUCUUGAGCUUCCCACAUCUACUCGUGGCUCUCUGGAUACUCGUCUUGCUGUGGGGGGAACGCUGGAUAUUCGCAAGUCGGAUACGGAGUUGCGACUGGGAUCAUUGGGAAGAUUGGCCAGCUGGAGUAACUCCGCAUCGAUUAAUAUUCGUCGCCGAUCCCCAGAUUAUCGAUCCUCACUCCUACCCCGGUCGCCCGUGGCCCCUCAACCCUCUCACCAUGACCAUAACCGAUAAUUACAUGCGGCAAUCAUAUAUACAAUUACAAAAUCAAUUACAUCCAGACACUGUCAUCUUUCUGGGAGACCUUUUUGACGGUGGAAGAGAGUGGAAGACGAGAAUUGGGAACUUCGAAGACCCGGAAUGGGCAAAAGAGCACAGACCGGCCGAAGAGAGAAAAUAUUUGAAGGAAUGGCAUAGAAAAUAUGGCGAUGAUUACUGGCUUCGAGAGUACGCGAGGUUCGGCAACAUAUUCUACGACAACUGGAAUCUGGGCGGUGUUUUCCCCGGGCCGGGACAGCGGGGACGGAAACUCAUCUCAAGUUUACCGGGGAAUCACGACUUAGGUUUCGGGGCUGAGGUGAAGGUUCCCGCGAGGCAUCGAUUUAUCGCAUAUUUCGGAGAGACGAACAGGGUUGAUGUCAUCGGAAACCACACUUUUGUGUCCGUGGACACACUGUCUCUGAGUGCUGGUACCUCGAGCAUGAAAGGCCAGGUCGAUCUGCAGCCUAUUUACGACCCAGUCCAGCAAUUCUUGAAAGAAGUUCAGGCAACGAAGCGAAGGGCUGUUCAGAAGGAGUUGCGGUUUUGGAGGGGUGAAGUAGAAGAGCUAGCUUUCGCGCACAAAGUCGAAGAUCUCGAAACAGCAGACUAUAGCAACUUACCGACCAUAGAUCCAGGAGAGGGUGCACCCGAUCUUCCGACCAUCCUCCUGACCCACGUACCUCUAUACCGAGACCCAGGAACACCCUGCGGUCCGAUGAGAGAGCACUGGCCUCCGGCAAAACCGCCCAAAGACCAGACAGGGCCCGUGAUCCCGGAUCACCGAAAUGCCAUUAGCGUCUCGGGUGGUUAUCAAUACCAGAAUGUACUGAAUCCGGAAGAUUCCGAAAGGCUGGUCAAGAACAUCGGCAACAUAAUACAUGCCUUUUCCGGAGAUGACCAUGAUUACUGCGAGGUGGUACACUCGCCGGAGCAGGGAAAUGUCCGCGAGAUCACGGUCAAGAGUUUCAGCAUGGCCAUGGGGGUGCCGACGCCGGGUUUCCAGAUGGUUUCUAUGUAUAACCCCAUCGACGACAAAGGAAACCCUCUCCCGGGCUCCCCGAAGACUACACUGCAAACUCACCUCUGCCUACUCCCACAACAGCUCUCGACAUACAUGACGUACGCCGCCCUUGGCGUGUUAACCGUACUAAUACUCGUAGCGCGCGCCUUCCUCCUCCCCGUUUUCAAUCUCCAGCCGUUCGCCUUAGAACCUGUCCAACACCCGUCAUCAGCACUACUCCCGAUAUUCAAAGCCAAGACCGAAGGUGACGACAGGUUCGCCUCCGACAUGACGCCAACUUCGUCAAGGACAUCUUCGUCAAAAUUCCCCUCGGCCCGCGUGUCGUCCACAAGACCACGCGGCCAAUCUAUAACCAACGGACUGGGGUCACAACAAGCACGCGCAGCCUCACCCAAUACCAAAGCAAAAGCCAAUUCGGGUAAAUGGGGAUGGGGUCAGAAUAAGGGUCCUCGCAUAGAAAUUAGGAAGGAUGCUUAUUACGACGAUAAGGAGCGCAGCAGCGACACGUGGAAGCCGGCGUCGCGGUCGCGAAAUACGUUAGGGGUCGUCGGUAGGGAGAUAUGGACGACAACCUGGCGCGUGGUGUGGAUGGCGUUGCUAUUUUUCACGUACCUCACGUAUAAGGGUUAAGGAUGAGUGACGGGAUUGUGUUCAUACUGUGUGUAAUGGCUGCAAUACCUACCUACCUAGGCAUAUGUAUAACUCCACGCGUGUCCCCCCCCUUUCAUCUUCGUUUAGGUUCUUCUUCUUCUUUUACCCAGUUAGUUAACUAUACUUCUUUGGAAAAGAAAAUACAAACAAGGAUGGGAAGGAGGGAAUGCAUAGGUAGUAAUUAAGGGAUAGGAGAGCCAAUUUAUUUAUGGCCAGCGAGCGAGAAAAGGAAUUACGAACCCGGCAGGAGGAGGACUUGUUGUUGUUGUUACUAAUGGCUACCUAAUCAAAGGAGUUCUUCUCUUUCGUAGCGGUACUGCGGGUUGCAAAUAUGGAAGACCCUAGGUUAAGGGAUAAGUAAAGACGAGGAUAAAUAGGUAGGUAGGUACCUAAGAUAGAUAGGUAGAUAUUGUGCCUGUUGGCCGAGCAAGCGUAAGGACCUCAGUAAGUAACAAGAGAGCGAAUUGGCGUGCGUUGUUUGGUCCUAGAGCUACAAUACCUACCUAAGCUAGCUAGCUAGCUGUUCCCGGGUAUUAAUACAUACCUAGGUAUGAUGGGAUGGCGAGGGGGGAGAGGGGGUGCGUUGUAUAUUAUAAUAUCAAGGUGUAUAUACCGUAUAGGUACCUAUACGGGUAUAGCAAGGCAACAAACAACACAUGUCUUAUUCUUCGUAUGUAUUUGAUGAUUGGUGAUUGAUGAUG